AUGGGAUCUAUCGGCACCGACGUCAACGGGAAUAUCAACGGCGACAUCCACGUAAGGACUACAGGCAGUGCUCCUGCUGCUGUCUUGACGGGCCCUUAUGGCGAAGCGUACACGGUCAAGGAGCUCCCCAUCGCGACGCCCGGUCUUCACGAAGCACUCGUCGAGCUCGAGUACAGUGGCGUAUGCCAUGGUGAUGUAUAUGCCCGGGACGGCGGCGGACCUGCGCCCAAGGACCCGGUCCGCCCAUUGAUCGGCGGCCACGAGGGUGUUGGCAGGAUUGUCGCGCUGGGGAGCGGCAGUGAGGGUGAAGAGGCCGAGCCGUUCCAAGUCGGCGAUAUCGUCGGUGUGGCCUGGAGAAGCCACGUCUGCGGAACGUGUCAUGCUUGCGAGGCUGGGGCAGAGAACCACUGCUACAACCAGAAGGUCACGGGCGCGCACAGAGACGGCACCUUCCAGAGAUAUCUAUCGUUCCCGACAUCGCAGCUGGUGCGCAUCCCAGCAGAGGUGUCGUUACCGGCCGUGUGUCCGAUCCUGUGUGCCGGUGUAACGGCGUACGCGGCCCUGAAGCGCAUGGAUCCCCAGCCAGGGAAGUGGUGCACGAUAGUCGGCGCGGCAGGCGGGCUCGGCCACCUGGCGAUCCAGUACGCCAAGGCAAUGGACCUGAAGGUUCUGGCCAUCGACGGGGGUUCGCCUGAGAAGGAAGACUUCUGUCGGAGAAUGGGGACCGAUGAGUUUGUUGACUUCACGAAGCCCGGCCUAGUGGAGACCAUUGUCGCCAAAACGGGCGGUGGUGCAGACUAUAUCCUGGUACUGAGCCCGCAUCAAUCUUCGUACGAUUCUGCUGGCGAAUACGCACGGUUCGGAGCCCAGAUCAUGGCCAUCGGCAUUGGAAACCUCCACAUGUCCCUCCGGCCUCUGCUCAAGAAGAAUGUGAUUGUCCGAUCGAACCAGACUGGAACCAAGGCCGACAUGCACGAGGCGCUUGAGUUUCUCGCGUCGGGCAAAGUGGUGGCAGAGUUGGAAAUGGUCGAUUUGAAAGAUAUCAACCAAGCGCUAGACAGGAUCAAGCAGGGCAAGGUGAUGGGCAAGCUGGUCGCUGACCUCACGGGAGGCAAGAACUCGUCGAGACUGUGA